CCGAACCGGUCGAUCUAUUUCUUCAAUCCGAACCGUAAUACACCAAAUUGGGUAAAUAUAAACCCUAGCCAUCCAACAAAAACCCUAGAAUCCAUUGAAAGCAAAUUAGUAAGGGGUUAAAAGAUGACACAAAAGGCAAAUCUUUUCAAAGGCCAACAGAAGAAGAAAUCAGUGCCGAGUCGACAUGGAAAAGCUCCUCAAAUUCGCAAAGGGAAGAGAGCUGUGAAACCAUCGAAGAACACAAAGCAGAUGGAUGUCGAUCGGGAAUUGACAAAGUUUAUUAAUCAGUGCAACGAAACAAAAGCAGCCACUUUUGCUACUAAGGAUGGUGGUCAAUUAUGUAUACUUAAAAAGCCUGAGUCCUCCAGUAAAAAGUCUGAAUCCUCCAGUGGCGCUUCAAAGUAGUGCCUUAAGAAUCAAUUGUAUAAACAAAAUUUUUGAUGCCAGUUUUGCUUGCUAAGCUCUUCAUUUUCACCUUUUUAAGACCAAGUUUUGAGUGUCUUAUUAUUAUUUUUUAAAUGGAUCGAUCUAUUUUUGUUGUUGGGCUUUUAUUUUUUUUUAUUAGCAUGUGCCUUGUUCAAGGAGCUUCAUAUGAGACCAAGUACAAUCAGGAAAAAUAACCCGUCUCUUGUUUACUCCUUAUUUGGCAUAAUGUUAUUUGCAUAAAGUUAGUUCAA